CGCGUGGUCUUCGAUCUUGCCAAGUUUCACGUUUGCAGAUCGGCGCAGUUUUGGUCGCAAAGGCGUGGUCGUUCUCCUCGAGCAUCGAUUUAGGGUUCUUCGGCUUUCUAUGAUCAGGAGGAGUUGCUGGAUUAUUUUAUCAGGGAACAGAAUGGUGUGAUUCGUUGAUUGGAUUACAGUCUGGAUCUCUCUUGCAUCAAAUGGUUGAGCAAGGCAAACCACGAAGCAUCCCGACGAAGGCGAAGAAAUCGCCGUUCGUGGAGGUAGAGGUUGACGAGAUUGGCCAGGCUAGUGGGGUGGUGUUUGCAAGGGAAUCACCGCUGGCGCCUAAGAGCGACCAAGGAUGCAGCGUUAGCCAUAGUCAUGGCGACGACGAAACACAUGAAUCGGAUGGGUGCGUGCAAAGCCAGGGGCUAGACGAGCAUGGGUGGGUGGACUUCGGUCACUCACUGCAGCUGGUGCUGUUCUCGCGACAGUGGAGCCUCGCUGAAAGUCUUGUUGACCUAGCAGAUCAGCAGCCGAUGCUGGAUUAUGGCCUGUCGAUUGCCCUUGAUGCCAUAUGGUUUUUGCGGACGAAACAGGAUCUUGAGGGGCUCAACAGUCUGAUAUCGAAGAUUGUGGCCUCAGGGGCAAAGGAUUUUGCAAGAGCAAUCCUCAGGACAUCGCUGCUCGCGUCAUGUGUUGCAGCGUGCCAAAGCAAGGCUAUCACUGUGGGUAACAGCAAGGAGAUCGUCGCAGAGAGAUUGCAUGAUCGUCUGCGAGAUUGUCCAGGUGCUGAGCAUCUAAAAAUAGAGGCAGGUGCCAAGGUGCAGAAGUUCAUGGAAUGGGCUUUACAGUGUAUUCAUAUGCAUCAUUGUUCUGAAGAUACACAUAUGUACAGAUGGAACUACAAUACUCUCCAAGAGGUACAGCUUCAUGUAUCAGCAUUUAGGACCUUCUUGGACAUAGCUGGUGACAACUUAAGUGGCAAGAUUUUUACUGAGGCAUUUGAUGCGGUCUGCUUCCCCCUUACACUCUUCUCAAGUUUAUUUGAACCUGGAUGGUCUUCUGGGAGUUCAGCAGUCUCCAUUAAGGGCCUUUUAUCAUUGCUGGUGGAAGGAGGCGCUGACAAUGUAAAUCAGUGUUUUCUUGAAGCAGCGCGCUUUGGAAGUACUGAACUUGUACGCAUUCUGCUGAAGGUCGCAUAUCAGAAUAGCUUGGCUGUGGACACCGAUCUGGCUCUGGUGUAUGCCUCACAUUACUGCAAGUUCAAAACAAUGGAAUGCCUAGUUGAUGAAGGGAACGUGAGUUCUUUCCUUGGCCCUCUGAUAAAAGCUGCAGAGCGUGGGUGCUUGCAGGUUGUCCACUGGUUCGUCAGUCGAGGCGUCUCUGACAUUGAGAUGUGCCUUGCCCUGACGACUGCUGCCUCCAGCGGCCAUUUCGUAGUGGCGUCGUACAUGCUUGCACAUAUCCCUCAGCAAAUCCUUGAAGCUCUCAGCACACAGAUCCUCAAAGCCGCGAGGGGCCAGGGCAGCAGGCCGCUUGAUGGUGUCACCUUCCUUCUGAGAUCCAACUUCCUAAGAGACGCAGCUGCAACAUAUGAGGCCGCAGACAUCAUUGCAACCGGGGGCACCAACGGUGAGCUCCCGGACCUGGUUGCCUUCCUGAAAGAACACUGGUCCCAGGACGCGUUUGCUGAAGGGGUGAGCGCCGGUGAAAUGCACUUCGUGAAUGUCAUGAGGGUCCUCAGGAGAGGGGCGUCCCCGAUCUGCCUGGAGGACCUCCCGCCUGAGAUGGUGCUCGGCAUCACGUACCUGCCACUGUACCGUGAGUGCCUGAGCGCGGGUGGGCAGCUGUUGCCCCAAAGGCUGAGGGGGGAGCUGCUGGAGGCGGUGCACCGGCUCGGUGAGCCCGUUGGCCCGGAGAGCCAGGGGAAGGACCUCGUGCUGGCACUAGAGCGCCACAUGCCGUCGUUCUUGGUUGGAUCCUGAGAUGUUUCCAGGUUGUAAAAGAAGCUUGUGCAGGCUAUACCUUGCUUUAAAAAAUUGUAUGGAGCAGUGUUGAUUACCAACUUCUGGCUGCGGUGGAAUCAGCAAUAGAUUUGGCGCGUCACAUGUCUCGUGAUCGUGUAGAAAGAUUUUGUUUUUGUUUUGUAUUUUGCAUGAGAAAGAAGUUUCUUUCUUGAUUGCCUAUUGAAGGGGCCUGUUCUUGUUGCCAGCUGAGCUCUUCCAAUUAUUUUCCGGGCUGCGCACGAGACGUACAUGUGUGCUAGUGGUGCUGUUAGUCUAGUUUGUGUUGUGUUGUGUUGAGUGUAUGCGUUGUGUGCGCGCGGGCGCGUGUGGUGGUGCUAAGAGUAGUUUCUGCGUAUACUGGGCCUUCAGUGGUAUGCCUGGUAAUCUCAAUAAGUAUCGCUUUCAAGACAUGGAUUCUUCAG